CUCAGUCAUAUCACUAAAACUUUUGUGUAGGAUUGUCUGGAGUACGCGUGGACGAUCGAGUUCGUGAGACUUCGUGUACUAAAAUAAUUUCCCAGCUUAAGCAUCCAAUGAAAUACACCUUAACAUGUCUCUGCCACCUGCUUUAGCUGCUCGUUUGAAGAAGAGAGGGAUCUUGAAAGCUGGCUCGACUAAUCUUGAAAAUGAUCCCACUGAAGAAAUCAUUGCAGCAGACUACUCUGGUGAUAUCCAACCUGAUUUAAGCAAGGAACAGAUCAUCAUUGACAAUGAUAGCUUACCUCAUGGUUGGUGGAAGGUCAAAGAUCCUCCAAGUGGAUUUGUCUACUAUUGGGAUUCCAACACAGAUAUGGUUUCGUGGCUGUCACCGAUAGAUUCAAAAGCAAACAUUUCUUUAUCAGCUAACAAAUUGAGAGAGAUUGAAGAGAAGAGGAUAAGAUUAAGAGAAGCACAACCCAAACCACCAGGCAUGGAGCCAGCUGAUAAGGUCAAGAACGUGGAGAUAGGACCGGUCAUAGGACCGGUCAUUCCCUCCAGUGUCCCCCUCCCUCCUCCUAAGAAUCCUCCGCCAAGAUCUGGAGGUGAACGGUCAAGGAGAGACCAUAGAGGUUCUAGAGGAAGGAGACAAAAAGAAGAUGAACUAGACCCUAUGGAUCCAUCAGCAUAUUCUGAUACCCCAAGAGGUAAUUGGAGCAGUGGAUUACCAACACACCAAGAAGCUAAGACAGGAGUCGAUGUCACCGCUAGCGGACCUCUCUUUCAGAUGAGACCUUAUCCUAGUCCAGGAGCUAUUCUUAGAGCUAAUAAGGCCAAUGCUAACACCUGAACACUUGUGAACCUUUGGGACUCAUCAGGUCCAAAGUUUUUAGUACUCUCUGGAGUCUGGACUAACAAGGUCGCUAUGAUUUGGAACUACCAUUCUACAACUGGAUAUCAAUGUAAUUUGCUGCCUUAGGAAGAUAUUCUGUGUAUGGAUCUCUUGUUUGAUGGUCUAUACUUAGAUUGGGAUCACACACAUGUCAUAUUAUCUUCUGCUGAAGUUGAAAUUCCCAUUCUGUUUGGAUUUAGACCUUCUUUUGUGGGGACUCUCAAUUGUAUUCGGCUGCUGAUGAUUCAGAAAUAGGACUUUGAUGUAUUGCUGUUCUGAUCACUGACAUCUAAGAUAGGAAAUGCAUAUCCACUACACAUACAUUUGAUAAACUUUACCAAAAGGAAAGAUUGCAUUAAUCGUUGGGAGGGCUUUGAUUCUUACCUAUGAUCUCUCUUCAAAACGUGAUUGUCAUUAUUAACAAGGGGUUAAUCAUUAAUGUGGUUGGUUUGAAUGAAUGUGGUGCAAAUAAAGCAAUUGGUCUUACACAUUUCAAAGAUUUUUAUUGUCUUGCAAGAGCCAUGUUACUAAAUAUAUUUACUGAUGAAAUUAGGCUUCUACUUCAAACUGUUCAAUAUACUCUGAAUUGUUAGGCAAAGACUAGCUUAAUAUGAGGCACAAUUUUUCUAUGAAUAAUGGACUAUUUCAUUUACUUUACUCUUUGUAUUGUUCCUAUCUCUCAUCCUUUCAAACUUUUCAAUUUUUGUAUGUUUUUUAGUGUCAUUUAAAUUGCCUUUUCCCUCAAAAUAACAGGCAAUGGAAAAGAAGUGAGUAAUUACAGUCAAUUUUUUCAGUUGUCUCUUUACUAUUACACUGUUAUUGUGAAAUAAUUAUUCUCUUACUUAUUUAUUUCUUACAUAAAAGAAAUGGGAAAGAAGCUCACACUCAAGCCAAAUGUGAAUAUUUUGUGUGUAAAUAAAUUACUAUGUUGUUUUUACAAAUA